AUGUCGCAGCCAAUCAAAAUUGAUAAACCAUGUCACCUUCUUAGAAAUCAUGUCGUAAAUCUCCAAUAUAUAUUCAACGAUGUCCCCUUUGUCACCAACCGAAUUGCUGCCAUUGCAGUUUUGCACAUUCGAAGACUGGAACUAGAAGAAUCUCUUACAAAUGGGCAUGGAAGGGUUGUUAAUGUGAAAGGCGGCCCUGAGCCUAUGGACUACAUUGUUGAUCAGAAUGAAUUUAUUGUUGAGACAAUUGCUACACAUACUGAGUACUUGAAAACUACGGCCUCCAGUGAAUCAUCUCUGACUUGCCCAAUUUUGAUAGAAAAGACAAAUGGCAAAGAUAUCCGUAUGAAGGAAGCAAAUACGAAACGAGAUUAUGUGCGUUACUCGAAGCAGCUGGAUGUUUACAUUCGAAGAACGCAGAGAUGGGUUAACCAGUAUAAUGUGUGUACUGAUAGUAUUUUUGAGAGUUGUAAAAACGUAGGUCGUACAUGCAUCUUAACCGAAGAGCAUAAAGCAAUUGUUAUCAACUUCAUUGAUGCUGGUCUCUCUGCUACUGUUGUUGAAGUGACCGAGCAUUUAUUGAAACAAUUUUAUAAUCUUAAAGUCUCAUGCAACACUGUUUAUAACUUUAUGAGAAGAGAAUGUAAUCUUUCAUUGAAAAAAAGCAGAUUUUCAUUCUAUCGAGAGAAACAGUCCAGCGAAGAUUGA